AGUGUGCCCCUUUACAUUAGGUGUGCCCAUCAGAGUGCCCCUUUACAUCAGUUGCCCCCAUCAGAGUGCCCCUUUACAUCAGUUGCCCCCAUCAGAGUGCCCCUUUACAUCAGGUAUCCCCAUCAUAUUUCCCCAUCAGAGUACCCCUUUAUCUCAUAUUCCCCAUCAGAAUGCCCCUUUCCAUCACAUGUUCCCAUCAGAGUUCCCCUUUCUACAGUAUGUGCCCAUUUGUGCCCCCUUAACAUAAAAUGGGCCCAUCAGAGUGCCCCUUAAUAUAAAUGAGCCCAUCAGCGUGCCCCUUA